CGCGGCCGGGACUGAGGCGGCGGCCCGAGCGCAGCGCCAUGGCCGACUGGGGCCGCGCUCAGAACCCGGGCGCCGUGGAGGAGAUCCUUGAUCUGGAGAACAAGCGGAUGGCCGACAACCUGGCCUCCAAAGUCACGAGGCUCAAAUCGCUGGCUCUGGACAUCGACAGGGAUGCAGACGACCAGAACCGGUAUUUGGAUGGAAUGGACUCAGAUUUCACCAGCAUGACGGGCCUGCUCACGGGAAGCGUGAAGCGUUUUUCCACAAUGGCACGGUCUGGGCGAGACAACCGGAAGCUUCUGUGCAGUAUGGCUGUUGGCCUGAUUGUGGCUUUCUUCAUCCUCUCCUACCUUGUGUCGAGAGCAAGGACAUGAUCUGAUGGAAGCUGGCUUCUGUGGGACAAUCAAGGUCCCCCUGAUUGUGUGCUAGGCUCCAGAGGACUUUCCUACAAAAUACCUUGAAAUGAU